AUGACCAAUUGGCACCCCGACCUUUCAAACAGUAACGCGCCACGUUACAUCGCCAUAGCCGACAGCAUCGAAACCGAUCUUUCGACCGGCCGCCUGUCGCCGGGGGACAGGCUGCCUGCGCAACGACACCUGGCGAAACUGCUCGGCCUGGAUUUCACCACCGUCGCCCGCGGCUACACCGAAGCCCGCAGACGCGGCCUCCUGUCUUCGCAGGUUGGGAGCGGAACGUUUGUCACAGAUCCCCAUGACGGCGACAAGAAGAACACCGGAGGUCAUUCGAGCCGCAUCGGCAUUCCCGAUUUCUCCAUGAACUUGCCGCCGGAGCCCGAAGGCACGGCUCUGUUGUCCAAAAUGCGGUCGGGUUUUUCUGCGCUUUCAUCAGAUUUGACGCCGUUGUUGCGUUAUCAGAGCUUCGAGACGUCCGAGCCGGACCAGAACGCUGCAGUCAGUUGGCUCAAAAGCGCUGGAUUGACCGCAAGACCAGAGCAAAUUCUGUUUUCGCCAGGUGCCCAGGCAGCUCUGACAAACAUUCUGGCAACGCUUACAGCCCCUGGCGAUCAGAUUGGCAGCGAGGCGAUCACCUAUCCUGGCAUUCGUUCUGUCUGUGCGCAGCUUCACCUGGAACUCAAAGGACUGGAAACGGACGAAGACGGUAUCAUCCCUGAAAUAUUUGAAGCAGCAAGCAGAACCGGCAGGCUGAGAGCCCUUUAUCUCAACCCGACCCUGCACAAUCCGACCACACGCACCGUGCCCUACAAGCGUCGGCGGGAACUGGUUUCAAUCGCCGAGAACCACGGCAUUCCCAUUCUCGAAGACGAUGCCUACAGUCUACUCAGCCGAACGCCUCCAGUUCCGUUUGCCACACUGGCGCCCGAGAUCACCUGGUAUGUCGGCUCGCUGUCGAAGUGCCUUGGCGCCGGUCUGCGGCUCGCCUACGUUCUUGCACCGGACCAGGGUGCAUCCUGGCAAUUCUCGCGUGCAGUACGGACAUCGCAAGUCAUGCCGUCUCCGCUGACGGUCGGGCUCGCAACGCGCUGGAUCGAAGAUGACACGGCGGCCGCUCUUCUCGACCAGAUCCGCUCAGAAAGCCGAACACGGCAAACCAUUGCUGCCAACUAUCUCAAGGAUCAUGCAUUUUUAGCCGACCCGGACGGAUUCCACCUGUGGCUCAACCUGCCGGACGGCUGGAACCGGUCAGCCUUCGUCAGCCAGAUGCGCAAUCUGCAGAUAGGCAUUGUCGAAGCCGACGCCUUUACCGUUUCAGGCCAGCCAUCGGAGGCUGUCCGGAUCGGACUUGGUGGCCCUAUCAACCAUGCGCAACUCAGCCAGGCCAUGGAAAUCAUCGCUCAAACGCUGCAAGCUUCCCCUGCAAGGGCGUCGGUCUAUUUCUGA